GCCUCUGAACGGGGGAGAGCUGUCUGAUCUGCUUUCAGAGAUAAGGCGCUUCAAACCAGGCAGCAACAGGAAACUUUGAAGAAGCAGGAUCUACUCUGGAAGGAAACUCUAAGAAACAGAAUUUCUUUUUACCUAGAAUUUAAAAAGGAAAAAAUCAAAACUUUAGCUGCUCUUUUCAUCAGCUAAACAUACGCUUUCCUAACUAAGCUGGGACUCUGUAUAAAAAAGGAUCUACUUUAUCUCACUGGAUCCAUGCUACCUUUUACUACAGUAAGUGCAAUAUUAAUAGGAAUGUUAUAUUUUGUCUGUAAAUAGAGACAUGAAACGGCAUCAGUGAAGUGUGAGGGGAGAAAAAAAAAAUCUUCUUGGCAGAUAUAGUGAAAACCAGGGCUUUGCUGCAACCCGAGGACUGGAGUCUGAGAAAGAUCCAAGUGAUAUUUAACAUGACCAUCUGUAUCGUUUUGUCACCAACAGUAUGUUCUUGAGGAAGAAGUGCAGAUAUGGAUCACGCAAGCUGCAGUUUCUCUUGCUGUUGCUGAUGCUGGGCUUUUUGCUACUGAUGGUUACAACGCUGAAUCCACCACCCAGCAACCAGAGCAAGGAAGGGACUUUCCAGCCAGUGGAGCUCAACCCCCGGGAAGGGUAUCAGAUGGACUUUGCGGAGACCCAAGAGAUGCUGGAGACCCAGGAGGAGAGCCAGCAGUAUUACCCUUUGGAUGGGCUAUCGCCAUUCAUCUCCCUGCGGGAGGAUGAGUUGAUCGUGGCCGUUGUGUCGCCCUCCGGCAAAAGGAACCACAGCAAGGCCAGGAAGGGCUAUCGCAUGGUGAAGCAGCAGAGCAGGCGGCCGGAGGGGAGGGCAGAGGGGGACCCGGAGUCCCAGCUCCUGUCCCUUCCUCUGCAGGCUGGGGAAGGGGCUGCUGCGGGGGAGCGGCCGCUCGGCCUGGAAACCCAUGGCUUUAACGAAGCGCUCAGUGAGCGGAUCUCUCUGCGCAGGGAGCUGCCUGAGGUACGACACCCGUUGUGCCUACAGCAAGAAUAUGACUCCAGUCUGCCUACUGCUAGUGUCAUCAUCUGUUUCCAUGACGAAGCCUGGUCUACUCUGCUGAGAACCGUGCACAGCAUUAUGGACACAGCCCCAAAGGCCUCCCUCAAGGAUAUCAUCCUAGUCGACGAUCUCAGCCAGCAAGGGCACCUGAAGUCAGCUCUGAGUGAAUACAUCUCUAAGCUGGAAGGUGUGAAACUCAUCCGGAGCAACAAAAGGCUUGGUGUCAUCCGAGGUCGGAUGCUAGGAGCUGCACGGGCAACUGGGGACGUGCUCGUCUUCAUGGAUUCACACUGCGAGUGUCAGAAGGGCUGGCUGGAACCCCUCCUAGCCAGGCUGUCCAGCAACCGAAACAGUGUCGUCUCCCCUGUCAUAGAUGUUAUAGACUGGAAGACUUUUCAGUACUAUCACUCUGUGGGCCUGCAUCGAGGUGUUUUUGAUUGGAAACUAGAUUUUCAUUGGGAACCAGUGCCAGAGCAUGAAGAGAAGGUACGACAGUCUCCCAUCAGCCCUAUCAGGAGUCCUGUGGUAGCUGGUGCAGUGGUGGCCAUGGAUCGACAUUACUUCCAAAACACUGGAGCUUAUGAUUCUGACAUGACCAUGUGGGGAGCAGAAAAUCUGGAGCUAUCUCUAAGGACCUGGCUCUGUGGUGGCUCUGUAGAAAUUAUUCCAUGCUCCCGAGUUGGGCAUGUCUAUCGAAAUCACUUUCCCCGUGCAUUCUCCUAUGAAGAGGCCCUUGUGAGGAACAAAAUCCGAAUAGCAGAGACCUGGCUGGGCUCUUUUAAAGAGAACUUCUACAAGCACGACACAAUGGCUUUCUUAAUCAGCAAGGCAGAAAAGCCAGACUGCAGUGAGCGCCUUCAGCUACAGAAGAGACUGGCCUGUAGAAAUUUCCAUUGGUUUAUAUCAAAUGUGUACCCUGAACUCUCCCAAUCUGAAGACACACCAAGAUUCUCUGGCAAGCUUUACAAUACUGGUGUUGGCUUCUGUGCAGAUUACAGACCUGGAAGGGCCAUUGCAGAAGGCUCUAUCGAACUCUCCCUUUGCAGUGACAGUCUCACCCAGCAACACUUUGAAUAUAACAGCAUGAAGGAAAUCCGGCUUGGUUCUGCUCCGCUCUUUUGCUUUGAUGUCAGACACGGGAAGGUUAUCCCUCAAAACUGUACAAAGGAGACAGACAACAGCCACCAGCGCUGGGAUGUCCAGGAGAAUGGAAUGAUUGUCCAUGUCCUUUCUGGCAAAUGCAUAGAGGCAAUGAAGAGCGAAGAUGCGAAGGACUUGGUUUUGUGUGUAUGUAACAAGAAUGCAAAUCAAGUGUGGCAAUUUGGACGUUCCCAUGGCUACAUCAGAGAUGACUGACAGGUCUCUGUGGAGGUCAAGUCGCCAAAAUUUAACAUUGCUUCUGUUUGGGAUUUAAGAUACAUUUCCUGCAUGGACAAGAAAGAUGUUUGUGUUUGCUGUAGCAUGCAGGGAAGUUAGGAGGGUCUCUCAUUUGAAAGCCUGGCUCACACAGUUGCUGCCAGUUCCUGGUUUAUUCAGCUCUAGCUAAAAUUUCUAUUUAUCCUGUGAAGCAGGGAAUAAAGAUACUGUGAGCAUGAAUAGAUUGUCAACUCUGCUAUCCAGAAGACAGUUGAGUUUGCCCUUUGAAGGCAACAGGGAAAAUUGGCUGCCAGACAGCUUGUCUUUAGCAUAUUCUGUGACUUCUGAGGAUACAGGAAAAUGAAUGUUUGUGAAACUUCUGAAACUGUAAGAGGAAGCCAGCCAAACCAGGAUAAGAGUUUAGCCUUGUUUUACAGUGCACUCGACUCUUAUAAAACAAAGUAGGUUUUGUAUGCAUAAAAGUAGUAGAUGUUUUCACAUGUAAUAGCUAAAAGUUUGUUUUCCAACUCGCCUGAGCCAAAUUUUUACCCUCUAUGAGAUUGCACAGAGCAUAAAUUAGCACUUAAUUACACGCUAACUGCUCUAAUUGACGUGGAAUACUAACAGUCCUCAGCGUUUGGCACACCCUUAAACCCUUAGUCCACAAUCUAAUUUGGAUGGGAGAAUAAGACUGAAAUAUUAACAACUUUUUUUUUUGUUUUAAUGAAAUUUAAGAACAACUUUUCAGGAGACUUUUGUGGAAUAUGAGAGAAGGUUGAAAUGGAUUAGAAAGAAGGGUAACAACUUCCCUGCUUAUUUUGAAAUGGAAAGUAUCGGUGGCAUCCAUUUGCUCUUAUAAAGCUAUGGGAUGAGCUUAUUAUUAUUCCAGCAACAAAACUGCUGGCUGAAAACAGCAAAUGAAGGGAAACAGCAGGUUUCAACAGUGGCUACCUAGGAAGGCAAUACUGAUGCCUACUUCCACUUGCUUGCAGCCUGAGUUAAGUCUUUUCACACUGUCAGUUUUAGCUAAGAAGAUCUUUUAGAUUCUUGCUGUCGUGGGUCUCCAAGCAGAUCCUCAAAGGACAGUAGCGUACAAAAUUUUCUAAACAAGCUGCUUCUGCAGAGCCUGCAUCCCUACUGACCUCCUGUCUUUCAAAGAAGUGAAUGAGAGUUGAUGUUAGGUAAUGAGAAUGGUCUCAUAUAGUAUGCACUAACAAAGCAAACUUCUGUCAGUAUUUUGUUAGCGCACAUUCGAUUUUGGAGUUAAAACCAAUAAUGAUGACACUUUCCAAGAGCCUGCUAAGACAGAAGAACAAAGAUUUGGGAGUCUUCCCACAUCAGCACCACACCUGAUUUAUAGUAUAAAUCAGUCAUAACCAUAUGUAUUUAUUAAAGGGGAAGGGCAUCAUUAAUGAAACUUAAUUUGUUUUUGAGAUUUUUUUCAAUAGACAGAAUUUUUUUUUUUUUAAAUGUUGUUUGAACACAUUGUUUGAACUUUAGAGAAAGGAAGGAAUAACAGAAUAUUCUGCUCAGAGCUUUCCAGUCACCUGCUCUUGGUAAAUCAUAAUAAAUUGGUUUCAAGCAUAUAAAAUCGGUUACAACAGAAGACAUGAACAGCAUUCUGUGUUGUGUUGUCCAAAACACUUCCCAGUGGGGUCUCUGUUUGCUUUGCGUGCUACAGAUUCCACACCAUGUUCAGGCAUCACUCCAAUCACCCUAAUUACCACUUACUCUUUGAUAGCAUCAGAAUCUAAUACCAUUUGCUGCUGUGUCAUUUAAAAUUUCCUGUGACAUUCUUGAAAAUGCUUCAACUUUCAGCUGAAAGGAUGGUAGCAACUUCUUCCAGAACACCAAGUGAUCCCUGAUCAUUGCCCAAAUCUAGGGUGAGAAAAGAGAAUUUCUAAAAUUGCAUAAAAGCUGAGUGAAAUGCUGUUUUAAUGACAUGUGUUUCCUUUAUUUUAAAUUAUAAGUAUGCCAUAUUUUUAAAUUAUGUGUUAUUUAUUAUAUUUUAGACUCUACACUGGGAAUAUCAUUCCUUCAGCAUUUAGCUUAAUGUUAAAAAAAUGUGUAUACAAAUAUGAUAAUUGAUCACAAGUGGGAUUUAUCACAAAGAAGAAUGAAAAUAUUUUCGGUUUAGAGAGCAAAUGUUUGGAAUUAAACUUAAGAGAUAUGGACAUCCUCAUCUUAUACUGCUUUUUAACAUAAUGAUAAAAACCUAGAAAAUAAGGUUUGCUGCAGAUAUAUGUACAAUAGAAAACUAUGUUAUGUAAUACCUCUUCCAAUAACAAAAUUUAAAUAUAUGGUUCAGUACCAUAUAAAAUAAUUGUUAUUAUACUUGUUGCUUUUAGUAACAGGCCAGAAUGGAGCUGCAGUUUGGUCUAGGAAGUCUGUGUACAGGGACAGCCCGGGGACACAGAUUGUGAGCCAUGCCAUGGAGCACAUUCCCCUCUAAUAUAAACAUAACUUGUUAUUACACAAAAAAACAAAGGGAAAACAUCUAUCCCAUCUAUCCCGUUUUUCCUAGUUUCCUUCCUGUAUGCCUUUUAAAUAUAUUGGUUGGUUGUACCAAUGCUGUUUCCCCAUCGUGGCCAUUUACACUUCGCCCCUGUGGUCCAUCAACUAUACCUUUCUCCUCAUGUAGGUUGUACAGGGGGCUCAACAAAGGGUCUCUGCUAAAGGUGCUAGUGUGUUUUCCUCAUUCUUGCCCAUCUUUCAGACAACGCAGGCAGACAGCGAUGCUUUGAGCAUCACAAAACAUGGAAUUACUUUUAGCUCUGUCUUUAGACAGGGACAGCAUUUCAGGUUUGCUAAUUCCCAUUGACAGGAGAGAAACGUAAGAACAAAAUGUUUCAGGCAAGAACAGAGUAGCAGUUUUAACUCUGAAGGCCUCCAAAGUAGAGCCUCAGGCAAGAGCAAAGGAAUUCCAGCAUAACACGAGUAAACAUCUUAUUAUCUAACUCCACCUGUUUCUUUGAAUUUGGCAACCCAGUUCAUUAUGAAUGCUUUGAGCCAAACCCACCCAUGAAGCUGAGCUAAAAGGACAGAUUCAAGAACAGGUCACCUUUCAGUUGACAACGCUUACUAAAUAGUCGUGUUUAUUCCUCUUCCAGCUAACUGGAAAUGGAAGAACGUAAAGGCUUGAAGAAUUAUUCAACAUACUGGUAAACCUAGACGCAGUCGAUGCAGUCGGUAUUGGCCGUAGUUCGGGGUUUGUCCUGUUAGGUGAGGUGUCAUCACUAACCCAGAGAAACAGAAUGGCAGCAUUUUUCUCUGUGAGAUAACCUGAAGUUUGAACAGGGGGAAGGUUAGAGCAACCUUUACACUACAUCCUGUAGAACAGAAAUGUUCAGGGCAUCUCUCAGUCCAUGUGUAAGUGCCUCCAGGUCCUCCCUUAGAGACGCUGUCUGAGCUGUAAUACUGUCUGCUUACUAAAAUGCAAUAGCUUUUAUUACAGAUUUCCCCAGGAAGGAAUGGGGCUAUGCUGAGGCAACCAAGACAAGAACAGUAACAGCCUUGAUUUUCAUAACAGCUGGAAGAUGACAUGUGAGUGAGAGCUUUCAGAUCUGCCUUUAUAUUUCAUUUUAUCUCAAGCAGUUUGAUUCAAAUUACAAACGUAUUGGAAGAGAGUAAAAAAUCAGUGUUCUGCAAAUAUUGGUAACUUCUUGGCUCAUGUUUUUAAGCUAUACCAACUGCACGCUUCUGCCCUGAAUAAAGUAUGUCAGUGCACA